UAAAUCGCUAGUUGGUGGCGCUGUUCAAAAGGGACUCGUUGCGAAGUACUGUACUUUACAUGACCUGACUUAAUCUCCUCUAAAAAUCGCACAAAAUGGCCCAAGAUAAGUAUUUUCAUCAGGCUCAUUUCUGGUCUCUUUCUUGUCAGAGUAAUUUAUUUGGCAUGAGUAAGGUUAAAUCUCAAUUUAAUGAGUCAUUCAACGUAAUUGUAUCAUCUGGAAAAACUGGUCAGAUUACCUGCAUUGGGUUUCAGCGAAGUGAAUCUGGAUGCCUGAAACUGAAGCCAAUUUCCAAAGAGCUAGAAGCUGGAGACCUGUCGAUCCCUGAUGGAGCUGAACUGGUAUGCCUAGAUGCAUUCAACCAAGAAGAACAUGGAGCAUUGGUCCUUGGAUUCUGCUUUACAAAAGAAGAUGGCAUUGAUAACAACACUGUUCAGUGGCUCAACAUAUCCAACAUCAUCUGGACUCAAUUAGAACCAAGAGCUGACUUUAGUGUUGCUGGAUUGAUGCAAGGUUUGAGCUCAGUUGAAAUUGAUUUUGGUUGUAUUUUUCUAAAACAUGUACUUGUAAAGCAUAAUGGGAUGUUGGUUAAUCUCUGUUUGGUUAGUGGUGAUGACUCGAAAGUUCAUGUAUUCAUGUUAGAAAGAGAAGACUUUGGAAGUACCAAUAAAUAUUCUGAAGUGCUAUGUGAUAAUUUCUUCCCAGAACUUCAUAAUUUGUCAACUUGUGUGACUUGCUUAGAUAUCUUAGAAUUUGGAGACAAACGUAUCACAGCUAUAGGAUGUGACAAUGGUGCUACUGUGGUUUGUGUUGUAGAUUUGACAACUUUGAAUAUCUUGCAGCGUUGGGAAACCAAACAUGACCACCCUAUUUUGGUUGUUAAGCUUUAUUUUGACACCAUAUAUAAGAACUCUGUUGUAUUUAAAGUGUGUCACCUGUUUGCAUCUUCCGUCACAACUCCAUCCGUAGUUUAUCGAGAUGUUUUAAAAAAUGGAUUUAAAAAUGUGAAGACACUUCCAGACUCAAAUUGCUAUGAUUUGGUAAUGUGUGCUUGUGUAGUAGACAUAGAUUGGGAUGGGGAAAGGGAGUUGCUUCUAGGAACAAAUGGACAUUCUUUACUGGCCUACAAGUGGUGUAGUGAUGAGAAAACUAAAGGAAAUUUAAACACAGGAGCACGAGAUGAUGAGGAGAAACAUGAUAUAUGGUUACCAGUAGAAGAAUACAGAUUAGUUUAUGAAAGAAAAUUUGCUCAUUCAUUAAUGGCACUUGAAUAUGCUGAUAUUACAGGAGAUGGCAUUUGUGAAUUGGUCAUUUUAUGUACAGAUGGUGUGAGGAUUCUUCAACAUAAUUUAGAGGAAGGGAAAACUGUAUUAAUGGAAAGACUUGGCAGUAUAAAGUGAAUAAUACCAUAUGUUAUCAAAAACGACUCUGAGUAAAGUAAAGUGUAUCUGUGUGUGCCCCUCCCCCUUCCCCACUAGUAUGAGGCCAGUUUUCUCACAGGAAAUAAUAUUACAUAAUUAGUACAUGGGGUGCUAGACUUUUUUUUUGUUGUUUGAAAAGUGUAGUUGAAAUUUUAUAAAACUUCUUGAUAGACUAUAUUUUUUGUUUUAUAUUGUAUGGUCAUGCAAUUUUUUUUAUAAUUGGUUUGGGAGUGAGAAGUUCUGGAUCCACCAAUGCCGUAUGGAAACUUACAGAUAUAAUGGCUCCGUUUCAAAUUAGUUAAUUUACAGAGGGCACAUGUUUAGCUAUGUACACUAUUGUUCGGCCAAUAUAUACUAUUUUUUACCUCACAGUGCAGAGAACAGAGAAUCCAAGCAAAAUAUAAUGUUUGAAUGUUUUAUUACAAAUUACCGUAAUUUACAAAUGCAUAUAUAUAAAAAGUAAAAUGUAGGCCUAUACUAUUAUUCAAAAUCUUUGGUGAGGUCAGGUAAAUUGUUAUUGGAAAUCUCUUGGGUUUGGAGUUGGGACUGGCAAUUUGUUUUGCUAAUCAUUCUCCAAAAGAUCACACGCUUGAGUGAAGCUUAUCUCUUCUGCUUCCAUUGCAUAGAUUUUAUGUUUGCUUGAAAAAGUUAAUAUCUGUUAGUUGAUGAUUCUGGCAUUAAAAUCAUGGAAAUUUCACAAA